UAUGGGGUCUCUGUGUCCUGCCUGCGCCCCUCCUCCAUGUAGGACAUUAGGGCACGAGCGGGAGAGCGAACUAGUGACCCUGAGGUAAGCAAGUCAGUCAGAGCUGGGGCCAGAGAGCGCACAGCAAGGCAGCCAGGGGCAGCACGGGAACGAGCAGCUUUAUAAAGGCAACAAGGAGGAGCUUUAUAUCCGUGACCGUGAGUGCACUCUAGGGAUCCACAGCAGAGGGCACCCUGACUGGAUAUUAUCUGAGCACAUGGCCACACACUCCAGCCUUGCACUGGAGUGAGGCUCGUCUUGUUUUACCAGCAGCCGCAGACCUGGUGAAUAAUAAUGUCAUAUUGCUAGACACGGCUGUCAUCUCAUACAAACAUGCGGUCCUACAGUGUGAUGGACGUGUGCGUCCAGGAUGUGGAGAAGAGGAGAAACCCAUCCAAGCACUAUGUGUAUAUCAUAAAUGUAACAUGGUCAGACUCAACAUCGCAAAUCAUUUAUCGGAGAUACAGCAAAUUUUUUGAUCUCCAGAUGCAAGUUCUGGACAAAUUUCCUUUAGAAGCAGGACAGAAAGAUCCAAAGAAGAGAAUAAUUCCCUUCCUUCCAGGUAAAAUUUUAUUUCGAAGGAGCCAUAUUCGUGAUGUUGCUGUGAGGAGAUUGAAGCCUAUUGAUGAAUACUGUAGGGCACUAGUUAAGUUACCAUCCCAUAUAUCUCAGUGCGAAGAUGUCCUGCGAUUCUUCGAGGCACGCCCUGAAGACCUGGAUCCUCCAAAAGAGGAUUAUGGAUCAUCAAAACGAAAAUCAGUUUGGAUGUCCAGCUUGUGUGAGAUUCCAAAAGCUGAACACAAAGGUGCUGAUGGGAACUCAGAACCUAUGAUUCUGGAGCAGUAUGUUGCAGUAUCCAGCUACGAGAAACAGGAAAACUCUGAGAUAAGCUUGAAAGCUGGAGAACUUGUGGAUGUUAUAGAAAAAAAUGAAAGCGGUUGGUGGUUCGUCAGCACAGCAGAGGAGCAGGGCUGGGUACCUGCUACUUAUUUAGAUUCGCAGAGUGGAACCAAAGAUGAUUCUGAAAUUAAUACAUCCAAACUUGGAGAUGUAACUAAGAGACGCAAGGCUCAUCUACGGCGGUUGGACCGGCGAUGGACGCUGGGUGGCAUAGUCAACAGACAACAAAGCCGAGAAGAGAAAUAUGUCACCGUGCAGCCCUAUACCAGUCAAGGGAAAGACGAGAUUGGAUUUGAGAAAGGGGCCACAGUUGAUGUCAUACAGAAGAAUCUGGAGGGGUGGUGGUAUGUCAGAUACCAAGGUAAAGAAGGAUGGGCUCCAGCGUCUUACCUGAAAAAAGCCAAAGAUGACCUACCUUGCCGAAAGAAGAACCUGGCAGGUCCUGUAGAAAUUAUAGGAAACAUCAUGGAGAUCAGUAAUCUGCUAAACAAGAAAUCCGGUAGCGACAAGGAUAGCCAAGGUGGUACUGAUACAGAGGAAACACAUAUAUCUAAGAAAGAAAUCAGUCUGCCCAUUCUUUGUAAUGACUCCAAUGGUAAUUCCAUGAUGACAUCGGAGAAGCAGACAUCAAAGGUGACACCAGGAUCCCCUGCUGUGGCAAGGAUAGCCCCCCAAAGAUGUGAAAUAAGUUCUCCUAACCUUAGAACAAAACCUCCACCUCGAAGAGAAUCUAGUCUGGGAUUCCAGUUACCAAAGCCCCCUGAACCUCCCUCGGUAGAAGUGGAAUAUUACACUAUUGCUGAGUUUCAGUCCUGCAUAUCUGAUGGCAUUAGCUUCCGUGGGGGCCAAAAGGCUGAAGUGAUUGACAAAAAUUCAGGAGGUUGGUGGUAUGUUCAGAUUGGAGAAAAAGAAGGAUGGGCACCAUCAUCUUACAUUGACAAAAGAAAGAAACCAAAUUUAAACAGAAGGACAAGCACUCUUACAAGGCCAAAAGUUCCACCUCCUGCACCACCUGUCAAACCAAAAGAUACAGAAGAUGGAGGUGCCCCUGGAACAACAGGAUGUUCAAAUGAACCCAAUGAUUCUCCACUAAAGCAGAUGUAUGAGGAACCAGAAUAUGAUGUUCCUGCAUUUGGAUUUGACUCAGAAUCUGAAUAUAAUGAGUUAUCAUUUCACACUCGUAAUGAUGAUGUUAUAUUGGAAAGUAUGUUCCAGCCUUCAAAGUCUUCUCCUGUGUCGUCUCUUCAGAGAGCUAAAUUUAAGGUUGGUGAAUCUUCUGAAAAUGUUACAAAUGAAGAAGAAACUAUAUAUGAAAAUGAAGGUUUCCGUCCUUAUGUAGAGGACUCUGUGUUAAAUAAAGAAUCAAGUGGAGAUUCUGACUCUCAGAAUUGCUCUUCAUUAAUAAGAAGAACCUCUCCUUCUGCAAGUACUUCAAGGCCACCUCUUUUAAAAUACAAAUCAGAAAAAAAUGUCCAACACGAUAUGGUAAAGAAUGUGUCCUUUUCAAAAAAUGAUGAAAUAAAACCCAGAUCUGCUUCAGAUGUUGGUUUACGUGCUGUAUCAAAGAGUGCUGCAAAGAAAGAUCCUGAACAGAAAACUGUAUUCCCAUCCACUAAAGCUAAACCAACAGUUAGACCUAAACCUUUAUUGAAUAAAGCAGACACCCAAAACCAAGAUAAAAUGGACAUAAGCAGCUUGAGGCGUCAGCUUAGACCAACUGGACAGCUCAAAAAUGGACUAAAGGGUUCAAAAAGUGAGGAAUCCGAAAAUCCACCAAGGACAGCCACUGAGAUUGUUGAUUGUCAUCCAAGGAGAGGCUCAUUGGAAUUUCCAGCCACUUCUGUCAAUUCUAUAGUUUGUACAAGUAAUAGUGAAAAAUCUGAGGAAAGCAUUGAAUUAAAAAACAUAUAUACAGCUACAAGCACCUACCAAAAGGUCUUAGAUUCAGAAAUCAGCUUUCCAGCUGGAGCCAAAGUAGAGGUUCUGGAAAAACAAGAAAGUGGAUGGUGGUAUAUAAAAUAUAAAGACUCAGAAGGCUGGGCACCUUCACACUUCUUUGAACAGGGGGAUGAAAAACAACAGGAAACCUCAACAUCUGAAGCUGAAUUGGCCAAAUCUAAGAAAAAUGAAAAUAAAUCAAACAGCCUAGAAAAGAUAGAAAAGAGAGUUCAAGCUUUAAAUACAAUUAACCAAAGUAAAAGAGCUACACCUCCGGUGCCAUCCCGGCCACCUGGUGGAUUCUCUAAACCUCCAACACAAGGUAGCAAUGUUGUUAAGUUGAGAAAUGGGGUAAAACAAGUGGCUGUAAGGCCUCAGUCUGUGUUUGUUGCCACAGCACCCAAGGAUAAUAAUAUUUCUUGCCACUUACGCAGAAAUGAAUCAUUAUCUGCCACUGAUCACCUAAGGACAGUUCGACGAAACUACUCUUUUAAUACCAUCAAAUCAAAAACAAAUGAAACGAAGGUAAAACUUGCAGAUAAAGUUGAGACAGAUAAAGCAGAAUUGGACACUUCUGUAAAGUCCCCUCAAAGAAACGGAAUACCAAUAUCCACUGUUCGACCAAAACCAAUUGAAAAGUCUCAGUUUAUUCAUAAUAACUUAAAAGACAUCUACAUCUCCAUUGCCGACUAUGACGGAGAUGAGGAAACUGCAGGCUUCCAAGAAGGAGUUUCAAUGGAAGUCUUGGAAAAAAAUCCAAAUGGCUGGUGGUACUGCCACAUCCUCGAUGGAGAAAAGCCUUUUAAAGGCUGGGUUCCCUCAAACUAUUUAGAGAAAAAGAAUUGAACAGACAACUCUAUCUCUUUUCUAAUGAUCCAGGGCAAUAUUCCAGACCCUAUUUGUCCUAUUGAUACUAAUGGAAAUGGGGUAUUCAUGGCAGGAACACAAAAACCCAUAUUUACAUAACACUAAUCACAAUAUGGUAUCUUUUCAACCAUUGUAAACAAACUGUUAGGUUAUAAUAUGUUGCAUAUUUGGGAGUAACACACAUAUCAAUGUUUACCUGGCAAAUAGAAUAAAUCCUAACUCUUUUUAAACAAGAAGCAAAGACAAAUAACAUUGGAUAUGUUAAUAAAUAACACAGGGUAUCAUAUCCCAUCUACACACUUAAGUGUUUUAUUUUUAAUUUAAUAUGUAUAUUUGUGCCUUCAAAACAGCUUCUUAAGCACUACAAAUACUAACAAAUAUCCAGGGAGCAUUUGGCAAUCUCCUUUAUGCACAGACUUUCUUGACACUUUUCUGUUCUUUCGUUUACUGUACGCAAGGAGUAAAACAGAUUUUUAUUAAUUUUUUUUUUUUUUUAACCAAGCAGGGAUAAAAGACUUGCCAUGUCUAAAAAAAUUUUCUUUUUCUAAAUGGUUGUAUAACAUGACAUCUAAUUUCAGAUAUUUUUUUGGUCACAUUUGUAUACAUAUUUGCUUAGUUUGGAUGUGCAAAAUCCCAUUUACACGUUUGAAUAACUACCAGCUUGUUUCACACCCUAUUUGUAAUUUGUAUAUAUUGUUUUUUAUAGUUGUGGAUUACUAGAAAAACAAUAUUUAAAAACUUAUAAACAAACUGAACAAUGCAAAGCAUUUAAAUGGACAUGAUACUCAAAUGUUAAAGCACUUGAAAGUGAUGCAGCAUAGCUGUAAAAAGCUGACUUGAAAAUAUCACCUGAACAUUUCUAUGUAAAAAAAGAAGAUAUUUUACCUCAAAAUGUCCUAAGUAUUCACACCCCACUGUAAAGAGACUUUAAGCAGCCAAUCAGGAUUAUUGUCCCAGGACUUACAAGGGAGUGUGCAUCUGGCAUGUACAGGCAGGGUCAUGUUAUUUUCCUAUUCAAUUUAAGGAAGUUUACUAUGAAAUCUCACAAGAUUUCAGUGAAAUCUCUUGAGAUCACAUUAAAGCAAUGCAUGACCUCAGCACGGCUGAUGCUGAUUGGCUAUUGUUUUUUGUUUUUUUUCCAACUUUCAGAUGAUAACUGUUCCUAGAGCACUUACUGCAGCUGAAGAAAUAGUGAGGUAAAAUAUCUUCCCUUUUUACCUAGAGAUGUUCAGGUGAUAUUUUCAUGUCAGAUUUUUAGUUAUGCUGCAUCAGUUUCAAGUGAUUUAGAAUAUGAGUAGUAUGUCUCUUUGAUAACCCAAAUGUAUAAGUGGGAUGAAAAACCCACCUUUUUGUAAUUUAGCCAUCUGUGGAGUUCAAGCUUCAUGCACGCAAUUUUAGAGCAAGUAUUCAAAAUCUUUUUUUUAUUUAAUAAAGGUGAAUAAUAUUUAUGUUCCUAAUGUAAACCAUCAUUGUUUACCAGGCAAAUGAAAAAUAAUUUCCACGUCCAAAUUUGUACUUGUCCUAAUGAUUUGUUUCACAGUGGGGGGGGGGUAAACUUAGGUUUUGGUUGUUUAGCCAUCUGUAUAUGUGUUUAUGUAUAUAUAAGUGUAUAUUUUAAACCAAAAGUGCUCAAAAAGAUCUAGAUUCAUGUUGAUUUUAUGCCCAUCUGUAGUAUAUCAUUAUUAAAAGAUGCACGUGGUAAAUACAAACAGAACAUAUGUCAUUAAAUAGUUUGCCACAUCCUCGAUUUACAAUUUUUAAUGGCUAAAAUGAAUAAAACUUUUUUGCAAAGCCAAUGAGCAUGGAAUAAUAGAUGUAGGCCAAGCUUAUUUAUUACAUUGGAUUUAUUGCAGACAGUGGUGAUGCACAACAAAUGGAAGAUAUCCCAACCACCAUGGCCACCUACGCGUUUCACACUCACUGUAGGUUAACAUGGUCAUGUAGGUUUAAUCUUAAUAUUUUAAUGCCCUCGAAACAAGACAAACUGCAAUCAUGACAUAUGUUCUGUUUGUAUUUACCACGUGCAUCUUGUAUAGCUAAAAGCUGCAGUCUUUAUUAAGCCAAUAGUUAAACCCACAAGAGAUAUGGAAUAUAAUUGUACAUGAAUCUGAUUCAACUUUAUCUGGGCUUCAAUAAGUCUUUAUUGUAAAGGUGUAACUGCAUAAUGCACUCCGCUAAUAUAUAAGGGUUAUAUCUCUCAGCUUUGUGAUAGGAUGAUGCCGCAUCAUACAAAGCUGCUGUUUUUUUUAAACAAAUGGAAGAAAACAUUUAAUUUAGUUUUGUUUGCCAUAAAAUGUCCACCCUUAAACAGAACGCCUGGUAUAACCACUCAGUUGCUGAUGUUUAGUUUCUAUUGAGAGCUCUUGUUGGUUUUUUUAGAAGCACUAUAUAGUUCUGCUGGACAGUAUUAAAUAGAAUAAUUCAUAGAUUAUCUGCUAGACUGCAGUACUAAUUGUAGUAAGUUAGUUAUUAUUUUUUAUUAUUAUUAUUAAUAUAACUAUUAUUGUGUUACCAAUAAUGAUAACGAAGUGGUUCAUUAUUUGAAAACUGAUGCACUUUAUCAAUGACAGUUCACACUUAAGUGCAUUAUGAAAAAGUGCAGUGUAUACAGUACUUAAAGCAGCAUAUAUUUAUAAAAAAAUAUUAUUUAUAAUUAUUUAAACAAAAUAGUUAUGUCUGUUUCACCAGUCUAUUAAAAUUUUAUGUAUUUUAAUGCAUUUUCAUAUAUCAAUUUAUAUGAGUUGGAAAUUGAUCUUUCACUGCUGGGAAAUUUUAUUCCAAUAAUAUUAUUCCCAGAGAUGCCCAUUAAAUCAAAUACUGUUGCUUAAAAAGGUCUGUACUUAUAAUUGAAUUUUCUAUCCAUGAAAAAUUAACAUUAAUAAAACUUAACAGUAACCUAAGAAGAGCUUAAUUAAAAAAAAAAAAAAAACAAUUAUAAAUACAUUUUAAAUUAAAAAAAAAACAACAAAAUUAAAUGUAUCUCAGCCAAUGGUCUGCACAUAAACUCUGUUGUGCGUCUUGGUGUAUAAAAUGUCUUUUUUUAAUCUGAAGGACUAAUACUCUGAAUAAGGGUUAUAUAUAAUGUACAAAACAGAAUAUUAUACAAUUACAAGUACAAUUGAUAUAUAGAUUGAUAUAUACUUAAUUCUUUAAAAAAAUCUACAGAAAAUGUAAUACUUGAAAUUUUAUAGUAAAUAUCCUAUUCAGGAAAAUAUGACCCAGUUUUGUCAAAACUGACACUGUGAUUAUGGAAUAAUUUUGUAGUUUCAUUUCUAAAAAUGUCUCAAUACAGUAGCUACGCUGAAAAUUAAAAGUACUGUCUCAAUAGUUCUGCUGUUAGUAUAAAUCUUAAUCUGUAUAUAGAACAGCAAAUAAACAUCUAGUGAGAUUCAAUACCACACUUUUGAGGUUGACGUGAAACUGAGCUAGCUGAAAUUGCAUUAUUUUUCUAUAAAACAGAAAAAAAGAAAACACAGAAAUAUAAAUGUAUUGAAAAUGUGAAUUUUUGUUUUUGCUGUAUACUGCAACUUUAUUGAUAAUGAGCACUUCUGAGUUCGUUAUUGACUGUUAUACAAUGCCUGAUAUUUUUUAUAUAUAUAUUUCAUGCUUGAUUUCUAUCUCAUAAUAAAUAUUUUAAGCAAGUUGUUGCUUGCUCAGAAAAUUAAAGGGCAACAUUAUUUUUUCUACAAAUUAUUAUUAAAGGGAAAUUGCACAUUUUUCUUUGUUCCACAUACAAAAGGUAAUUUUAAAUUUAUUACAGUUUUUUUUUUUAACACUCAUGUGCUGAAUAAACCUACUUUUUUAGUUGUCAGCCUUGUGGCAGCUUGUAGGUAUCAACCAACGCAGGGUUGUCUGUAUUAACAUAUUAGUAAUAGAUUUUUAGGUAUUAUAAAGAUUUCUUGCUAUUUUCUGUGUACAUUUGAAAAAAAAAACAUUUUACCUAAUGUUUUAGGCAAAAGAAAAAACGAUUGUUCUUUUGUGUUUAUUGUGGAAAAUGUUUUCCCACAAAGACCCUUCUAUUUACUGUAUAAUCAAUUCACAAAGGUCUAAUUUUAGACCAACUGUAUGUUGAUGUCGUUGAAGUCAGAUGUUCACUAAAGACAAGCUGGUCGAAAGACCUUUUGUUUACAGGCAUCUAAAUAAAGUUUUCAAUUUAACAGACAAAUAGGUUCCCAAUUGGUCAGGUCAUUUUUAGCUUUUAAUUGUCAGCAGGUAACCAAAAUGUUAAAAAAAAAAAAAAAAUUGUGUGUUGAUUAUAUUACUAAUACACAGAGUUUAAUUUCUUAUGCCUGAAGGAAACUGACACAAUGAGGCCUAUUUAUUAAAGGUCUGUCGGACCUGAUCCGACAGUGCGGAUCAGGUCCAACAGACCUCGCUGAAUGCUGAGAGCAAUACGCUCUCCGUAUUCAGCUUAGCACCAGCAGCUGCUGCUUGUGAGCUGCUGGUGCAACGCCGCCCCCUGCAGAUUUGCGGCCAAUCGGCUGCCAGCAGGAGGGUGUCAAUCAACCCGAUCGUACUUGAUCAGGUUGAAUUGUGUCGAUCUCUGUUCGCCUCAUCAGAGCAGGCAGACAGAUUAUGGAGCCGCGGUCUUUAGACCGCGGCUCCAUAAUGUGCGUUUCUGGCGAGUCUAAAGACUCGCCAGAAACACGGACCCUCAAGCUCCAUUCGGAGCUUGAUAAAUGGGCCUCAUUAUGUUUAUGGUGAGUUUAAAGAAUAUUGAAGGGGUUAAAUUGAUUAAUGCACUAGUAGGAUAAAAAUAAACUUUCCAUUUUAAAGGGACUCAGAAAAUUGUAGUAGGAGGAUGGAGUGGAUUCUGUGUAUAGAACCCUGAAGCUUCUACAUGAUGCACAGUGAUUGGUUGAUGUGCAAGAGCUUAUUUAAAUCUAUCUAAUUGGCAGAGGAAGUAAAGUAUACAGCAUUCAACAGGUUUUUCAAAGGCUGUGUCCUUGAACUUCAAAACAAUUCAUGUUUUCUAACAAAAUUACAGGUUUUUAAAGUUUUCUUUUUAUGCAGAUCUUUUAAAAUGCAGUGAAUAUCUUAUUCAAAAAUAAAAAUUUUUUUUAGAUUUUUAAGGCAAAGUGUCAGAAAGUGCAUGAAUAUGGGCAUUACAACUCACUAACUGUGGAGGAAAAUUCUUACAGAAAAAUUUGGUUUAUUCAGCACAUAAAAAUAUUUUUUUCAAAAACAAAGCACAUAUUUAGAUGUAAGAACCAUUUUUUUGAGUAGCCUGUAACUAAGACCAUCCUGAAUCUUAAAACUGCAGUUUGUUUCCAAAUAAAACAUAACUCAAAUUUUUAGCAGCACAGGUUUAACUUAUCUCUUUGUCUCAACCAAUUAUUCAUAGAUAAAAUACAGCAAAAAGUUUUAACAUUUUCACAAUACAUUGUUUUCUGAUUCAGUCCAACCUGUAGACUGUGACAAAAUACUGUACAAAGAUAUGUAUAAAGAUAGAUGGAUUUUAUAAUUGGCAAAAUCCAAUGGAUCACAAUACCGGCUUUGUAAUAUUUUUUAUAUAAAUGUAAAAAGAUACAAAAUAAUUUGCCCUGAUGCAUCCAAAAGACAGUAUUUUACUGUAUUACUGUUUUUUGUUUACUUAAUAAAACCAUAUUCUUAUGCUUGAUCAGUUGGUCAGUCAGUGAGCAGCGAUUUCCUUGGUAUACCACAUUUUCAAUAUUAUUUUAACAUAUUUAGUUGCUGCUGUUUUAUUAGUAAAUGCAAAUAUAUUUGUUCAUUUUAAUGUCUCCUUAAAGGGAUAGUAUAGUCAAAAUUAAACUGUAAUGAUUCAGAUAGAGCAUGACAUUUUAAGCAAUUUCCUAAUUUACUCCUGUUAUCAAUUUUUCUUUGUUCUCUUGGUAUCUUUAUUUAAAAAAGCUGGAAUGUAAGCUUAGAAUCCUGCCCAUUUUUGGUUCAGAAUCCUAGUAGCACUUUCUGAUUGGUGUCUAAAUGUAGCCAUCCAAUCAACAAGCGCUACCCAGGUGCUAAACCAAAAAUGGGUCGGCUCUUAAAGGGACAUGAAACCCCAAUUUUUUUUUCAUGAUUCAGAUAGAGAAUACAAUUUUAAACAACUUUCCAAUUUACUUCUAUUAUUUAAUUUGCUUCCUUCUGUUGUUAUCCUUUGCUGAAAGGUUUAUCUAGGCAAGCUCAAGAGCAGCAGAGAACCUAUGUUCUAGCUGUUGAUUGGUAGCUGAAUAUAUAUAUUGAUUGUGAUUGUCUCACCCAUGAGUUCGGUUAGAAACCAUUAAUGCAUUGCUGCUCCUUCUCCAAAUUAUACCAAGAGAAUGAAACAAUUAGAUAAUAGAAGUAAAUUAGAAAGUUGUUUAAAAUUGUAUCCUCUAUCUGAAUAGUGAAAGAAAAUAUUUGGGUUUCGUGUUCCUCUAAGCUUACUUUCCAGCUUUUUUAAUUAAAGAUUCCAAGAGAAUGAAGAAAAAUUGAUAAUAGGAGUAAAUUAGAAAGUUGCUUAAAAUUGCAUGCUUUUUUUGAAUCAUGGCAGUUUAUUUUUGACUAGACUUUUCCUUUAAAGUUGAUUUUGUUUUAUUUAGUACAUUUUAAAACAGGGCAUUUUUAAACAUGUUAUAGUUUUUAAAGGGUGUUCCUGAGCUGAAAAAAAAUGCAUAUUUUGUUUUUAUGCUUCUGGGUUUUGUCCCACUAUCAAAAAGAACUGUGGGUAUUGUCCUUAUAAGCCAGUAAGCUACUAUACCACAGACUAGCUGUGCACAACCAUGCAUUUGCGGUUUGUGUCAUAAUAAACCAUUUUUAUUUUGGUAUGCAAAAAUAUUUUUAACACUCAAAUAGUGCUUUUUUCAUAUGCAUGACAUAAUUUGUUGUGUUCAAUGUCCCUUUAAUUGUAAUCAGUUGGAGAAACAAGCUGUGUGAGAAAAUGAUACUGAAACCUAGUGACUCAUUUGCUAUUUGUUUAAGAAAUAUCUUUCUAACUUUUUUUAAAGGGAUAGUCUAGUCAAAAUUAAACUUUCAUGAUUCAGAUAGAGCAUGCAAUUUUAAGCAACUUUCUAAUUUACUCCUAUUAUCAAUUUUCUUAGUUCUCUUGGUGUCUUUAUUUGAAAAAGCAAGAAUUUAAGCAUAGGAGCCGGCCCAUUUUUGGUUCAGCACCUGGGUAGCACUUUCUGAUUGGUGUCUAAAUGUAACCACCAAUCAGCAAGCACUACCCAGGUUCUGAACCAAAAAUGGGCCGUCUCCUAUGCUGACACUCAAAUAAAGAUACCAAUAGAGCGAAGAAAAAAUGAUAAUAGGAGUAAAUUAGAAAGUUGCUUACAAUUGCAUUCUCUAUCUGAAUCAUGAAAGUUUAAUUUUGACUAGGCUAUCCCUUUAAUUGCAUGAAAGAGAUCUACUUUUAUAAUUACUCUUAUCUAAAACUUUCUUUUCUCAUCACUAGAAUGACGACGGCAUUAUAUAACAUAUAUAAUCACUUUCAGAUUUUAGAGCUGCAUACUUUUACUGAAUACAUACACAUAUAUUUAUAUAUAUAUAUAUAUAUAUAGAGAGAGAGAGAAUAUGCUUUUUUUUAAAGAAAAGCAGUGCUAUAGCUUUUAUCAUAUAUGAAUCACAAGGGAAUAUCAUAAGGCGUACAGUAGCCAUGUGCUUAAUAUUUUUAUUAACAGAGUAGAAAUAGUGUACCUUGUUUAAUUUUAGAAAGCUUUUAAUAACCUGCAUUAUUAUAUUACUUUUAGGUUUUUGUUGAUACAUAUAAUUAUAAAAAAAAAUUAAGAUCUUAAUGGAAGCAAAAAAAAAAAAUUCAAUAAAAGGUUAUGUGCAAUAAUGAAACGUUUAUAUUUGAAUUACAGGCUCCUCAUCUAGGACUUUUUGGGGUUUAGUGAUUUAAGAUGUUAUUGGGCUAAUUGGAAAUACAUGUCAGCCCAAUCACAGCCAAAUGACGUACCCCAGCAAGUGGUGAGCUCAGUGUGAGAGUUCUAUUCUGUAAAUGCACUCAGGAAACAAUGAAAAAAGAGCAAUGCAUUUUAUGUGGAUCAAGAUUCACAAAUGAUUAAAGGACAGGCCUUAAAGGGACAGGUGCAUUAAUUUCCCAGUUGCUUGGUCUUUGUAUUUAUUCUAAAUAGGACGUUUGCAGCAUUUUAGAACUAAAGAGCACUGUAUCCUCUUGUAAAAUAAAUUGUACAAUUUAUAGAAGGAGGAAUAAAUAAUAAUUAAUUUUACAACUUAUAGUGAUAUUCAAAUGCAUAGCAGUAACUGCACAAAAAUUAUAACAUUUAUGUAGGCACUCCCGAGAUCCCUGUGUUUUUAAAUAAACAUAUUUGAAUCUGAAUUGAAUUCAUCACCUAAGUCAAGUUUUGUCUUUAAAUUUCAGAAGUAGCCUGGAAUUGUAUAGUUAAGCCAUCUAAACAAAAUACACUUGCACUAAAAGAGGCAGACUUUAGCUGGCAGCUUUCCUGACUUAUACUAGCAGAAAUAAACACUAGUAACUUCAACAAAUUUACCUCAGUUCAAGCAAUGGUCAGAGGCUGUAAAGGUUUACAAUUUUAACCCAGCAUGGCAUUACAUGUGUCUAAAAAGACUUCAAAAGCUAGGGCACUAUAUUUACAAAAGAACGUUUUUUUUUAUCAACUGGAGUUUUGUUGUAAUCACUUGAAUUUUUUUAUAUAAAUAUAUAUAUUUUUUUUUUCUUGGUCUAAGGGCAGUGGAAAAGAAAAGCUUGUCUUCUAUUUAAAGUAUACCAUGAAAUCGCAAAAGAUUUUUCUAUAUGAAGCGACGCAUCUUGCAUUAAAAUCUGAAAAUAUUUUAACAGCUGAUAUGUUACGGCAGAAAAUUAAUUGGUUAUUAUAUAUGACGCAUUUGGUAACAGUCAUUAUUUAGCUGAUACCUUGAAAAAAGUCACGGAGGAAUUUUAUGUUGUUGGCUGUUAUAUUAAUAGUGAUUACAUAAAAUAUUAUGUACAUUGGAGAAAUUACUAUAAUCAUUUUCUAAUAGCCUUUUUUGUACUGUCAAAUUGUAAACAGCCAAUUUACUCUGUUGGUAAAACUGAAAACAGAAAAUGACGUAGCUUUUUUAACUUACAAAUAAUCAUCAGUCAUGUAGACAUAUAAUUUUCGGAUUUGAUGUUGGGCUGGUCCCAAAUUGCUUUUUUUUUAAUUUUUACUUAUUGUUUUCCAUACAAUUUAGCAGGUUCUAAUUUAAGAGUGCAAUUCAUUUUCAAUUGUGUUCACACUGGCAUUAACAAAUCUAUCUUGAACAGCUCAAACCACUGUCCUGAGUUGAGUUUCCUGUUAAUUUAAAGUAACAGUAAAAACCACUUUUUACCAUUUUAAUUUGUGGCUUAAUUGUUAAAAAAAAUCUUUGUGCUUCCUUUUAUAGUCUUAUAUUUAAAUAGGAAUUAGUCCUUGAAGGUGAAGAAUAAAGAACUUGCAGCAUUAACGAAUUAUUAGAACAAAAAAUAUGUAAUUGGCAAGUAAGAAAAAUGUAAAUGAACUGGAAUUUUAGGAAUAAUAUUGAUACAUUACACACACAAAACGGUAGCUAUCCAUUCCUUGUGACUUUGAAUAAAACAGAAAAAUAAUUAAAUCUGUAAGGUCACACUUAGGUAAAAAGGAAUACAUAUGUUUACUAUUAGUUCAAGAAUCUUUUAAUCAGCUUGAAAAAAAGCACAAAAGUUCAAUACUAGGGCAGGCUGGCAGAUUGGUCUAGAAAAUAUCUGUUUUGACUAACAUUACCUUUUUAUGAGAAAAAAACAUAGGCUUGUAUUGCAGACAGGAAUUUAACAUUUUUGUAUAUUUACAUUUAAAAAGUCUGUAUUUUUUCAUCUUUGAAACAAAAUAAUUACUAGAAUUAUACUUGUUUCAAGGAUUUUGUUUAAGCUUCUGGAUGUGCCUAUGUUUAAUAGUUACAUGGAAGAUGCAAUAGAAUACAAAAUGUAAACUUAAAUCUAAAUAUGUGGCUGUAAUUUACAUCAAAGUGUUACCUUUUUUAUAAUCAUUUAAAUUACAUUCUAGACUGCAAAUCUGCAAACAUUUAAUACAAAUUUGUUAAUUUAGUUUUGCCAUAAAACAGGCAGGGAGCACUAACAUUUUGUAUUAGUUCAUUGGUUUGUUUAAUGUACUAAAUUUGUUUAGUUAAUGGAUGAAUAUCAAACAAAGUUAGCUUAAAUUUGUUAUUUGUUUGCAAAAAAGAUUUUGCACACAUCUGCUAAAUUCUAUAAAUUUAUCCUAUAAGUAUUUCAACAUAGAUAAUGUUGCACAAAUAGCAUCUUCCUAUACUGUUCCACAUAAGGAUAUCAGAAGAAGUUUAAUAAUAAAAUCCUUUAACAUAACAGAAUAUUUUAUAUUCAGGCAAGAAUGUCUCCUUUUAUAUUUGUUUCUAAAUGAAUAUAAUUUGUUUUCAUGACACAGCUGUUAAAGGGACACUAAACCCAAUUUUUUUUCUUUCAUGAUUCAGAUAGAGAAUACAAUUUUAAACAACUUUCCAAUUUACUUCUAUUAUGUAAUUUGCUUCAUUUUUUAGAUAUCCUUUGUUGAAGAAAGAGCAAUCACACGAGGCAUCUAUGUGCAGCAACCAAUCAGCAGCUACUGAGCCUUUCUAGAUAUGCUUUUUAGCUAAGAAUAUAAAAAAAAUGAAGCAAAUUAGAUGAUAGAAGUAAAUUAGAAAUUGGUUUAAAACUGCAUGCUCUUUCUAAAUCAUGAAAGAAAAAAUUUGGGUUUCAUGUCCCUUUAAACUAAUGUCUGACAUUCCAUUUUAAAUGUCCAUGUUUGGAGGGAGAACCAGUUGAAUCUGUAGAGAGUGAAUCGUAUAAUAUAAUUGGAUUCAGGUGGUUUUCUUUUUUAAUAUGCUCCUCCUUUGUUUAUCAUUGAGAAAUAAAAUCUAAGCAUAAUUCAUGGAGUAUAGACAGUGUAUUGAUAGAUAUUUAUCAGCAUUUGAUCUUGUUUCAAGCAUAGCGACUUUAAAGAUUACAUGAGCAUUAAUAUUGCUGAACCAAGCAUGGUCACAAAUGAAUGAUGCUGUUGAUAUUUUGUAUAAUAUGCUUUCCGGCUUCAAUUCUAAAAGAUUUUACAGCAAUUAUCCUACAACACUGACUAAGGGACAUUUUUAUAUUGCUUAAACACCAUAUUGCUGAUGUCAUUGCUAAUUUCUGAAUAUUGUUUAACUAGAUAAAUUUGCAUUCUUUAGAUAUACAGCACAAAGCUGCAGGCUUAUUUUUUUUUAUAUAUAAAAGAGUGUGUCUUUUAUUAAAAACAUAUGUUUUUUGUUUUACACUGUGAUAUCAAGAUAACUGUAAGCCACGUGUAAGCCCAGACUUGCGUCAUGUGCAGUACACUGUAUCAAAUGCCAUAUAACACAGCUGUUCUGUUGUAGAAUGCAUAAGAUUGUAAAUCAGAAAAAAAAUAUAGAGCAGAGUUCUUUUGAUGUUUUGUUAACUACGUCAUAGUUAUUUUUUCCGGUAUUAACUAAUGGUAAAACGGAUUACAUUUACUAAACUUGAUUCCUGUUUAAUAUUGUAGUAGAAAGAUUGUUCAGUCAAUGGGCCCCAUUUUACAAAUCUUCAAUCAGCGGUUUCAAUAUGUCCGCUGAACCUCGCUGCGGCGAUUACACAUCCAAAUUUAAAAUUGAUAAAAAAUAAGGCUUAAUACGCUCACGUCAACAAAGCCGCGAGGAUCAGCGGUCUGAUAACUUUAAAGCAUCAGUGGCGCGAAUACUUCAAUUUAUCAUUUGUUGAACACAAAAAACAGAUCCGAUAUGAAUCACAUGAUGCAUUUCAUUUCUACUUUUCCUUGGCUCCACCUUUUUUUCUCCAAAAUGUUAUUAUAAUUGAUCAUUUUAUGAGAAUAUUUUAGCAUCGCCAUUUUACAGUAUUGGAGGUUUUUUGUACUAUAAAUUUUAAUAUAUCUAAUGUUUAAUUACUACACCUUAUAUGUUGUUAUAUGGUGUAUUUAUCUUGCAUUAACAGCUUUACAAUUACAAACGUUUUAUUUGAUGCAUUUUGAGGCAAUAUUAUUGUGACAAUUUGUACAUGAGUUUGGAAGAUAAAGGGACAUUAAACACUAAAUAAAUUGUAUACGCAUAUUAUUGAGGUUAUUCCCCGCAUCCCUCUAGUUAUGGGCACAUCCCAUUUUUCCUCUGGUGUUUGCUAGUUUAAUGCUUGCAAAUUAAGACUCUAGUCCAACGCGUCGUUUGAUGCACCCACAAACAAGUUGAAAGUAUAAUAUCUUAAUUCGGUCAAAUCUACCUAUUGAUUUUGCACUAUUCCAAUUAAAUUACGGAGUAACCGAGUUUCAGCGAAUGUUGAUCGUUGCAACGGAACAAUUUUGAUUUUUUUUAUAAAUUGACAACAUGAUAACUUCUGAGUAUCUUAUUUUUCGUGAUUUGACGCUUAAUUAUGGCUAGUUUUCAGUUGAAGCUUUCAUAAAUGGGGCCCAAUGAAUUUAGACGUGUAGCGAUAUUGUUAAAGAGAAGAAAGUUUUGGUGAAAAGAGAAUGUUUUUGUAAGUGUUUACUGCUUCGUAGAGUAUGGAAGAAUUCUGGAGUUUUUAAUAAAUUUAUAUUGAGUUGGAUAAAAGACAUGUUUGUAUGAAGGUUUGCGAAAAGUUGCAUAAGAAAGACGAAAGCGGAAAUCAAGUUAGUUUUGAGUUAAGAGAAUGAAUCAUAUACUAUAAAACAAGAGCAGUGAUUGGGAAAAGUUAAUACACCCAAAUUUAUUGUACAAUUUGGGAAAACAAAAUAAAUUACCUUUGAAGUUAGAUGCAUAAUAUCCUGCAAAUAGUUAUAAUUUACAAAUAAGUGUCUAGAUGAAUAUAAAUCUGCUUAGCUAUUAUUUUUAAGACAUUAGAUUUUUUGUGUGUCAAAAAAAUUAUUUAGCUUCUUCUUUCAUGUGUUUUUAUUUUAAAUAUUAUAGAGCAUAAUACGGUCUGAUUUAAUUUUUAGACCAGUAAAGAAUCAGGUACCAACAAUUACAAAAAAUACCCUUGUAACACAAUUCCUGCAUAACUGGUAUGGGUAACAAAGGAUUAAUCCAUUCUGACAAAUGGAUUUUUAUACAAUAAAUUAUACAAUAAAUUGUACACAGUCAAUUUAAAACUAUAUUGAGUAUUAAAAUAAAACUUUUUUUUUAAUUUUCAGAAAUAAAGCAUAAUUUAGAUGUUGCUCAUUCAGGAUAUUUUCACCAUAUCCCAGUUCUGUUUUAUUGGACCAAAGAGGUGCUAUUGAUUUUAUAUUUUGUGAUAUUUAUGUUAAAUUUAAAGUGCAAGGAAAUUCUAUACCAUUAAAAACAUACAUUUGCAUUUUUAAAUUUUAUAAACAAUAUAUUAUGUAUUGGUUAAUUUAGCUGGUAUAUUGAACUGUUUAUGGGGUUUAGAAAUGAUUCUACAUAGUUGAAAGCUUGGAAACUGUAAGAUAUGAUUUGUCAGUUUUUAUAUUUUGUUUAUGUUUACAUUGCAUCUUAUAUUUCUCUAAAAAAUAAAGUUUUGAUUUUUUUUUUGAGAA